AUGGACUCCAAUGAACAACCCAGCCGCCUGCUGGCGUACACCAUUUACGUCUAUAGGAAACCAGACAUGGAUGAACAAAGCCACCACCACCACCUAGAGUACGUCAACAGUCCGAUCAUCACUGUUCUUCUCAAGAAGUACGGUGCAGUUUCCUACAGUGUGACACAUAACGACUCUACCUCCAAAGCUGCCUUUAAGCGCCUGUUUCCUGAUGCGCCAGAGACCAUGAUGUUGGAUUACGACAGUGUAAUCUCGAUGAUUGUCCCGAACAUCGAGUGCAUUGAGAAGAUGCGCGAAGACCCCGAUUUCAUGAAUAAGUUCAUUCCCGAUCAUUUCAACUUUGCUGACAUGAGCCGAAGCAAGUGUAGUGUUGGUUGGGUGGAGAACUACAAUUUCCUGAAGGGGACGUGA